UUUUUGUGUUUUUUCGGAGGCACUUCCGGGUUCUAAUGUUUACAACUGAUUUUAUCUUUUAAACCUCAUAGUUUGUUCUUCUGUAUAAUUAAAUAUAUUUUUACAGAAAAGACAUGUUCUCCGUCUCUUAGUAUCAGUGUGCACAUUCACGGCAGCACAAGACCAUUCUCAAGAUCAGCUGCUGGUAGUCAAACAACACAAAACAAACCAUGAAGAAAAAAAACAGACGUCUUAAGACUUCAGGGAGCACGCAGCGAACUGGCAGGAUUCAAACAGCAGCAGUGGUAAGUGAAGAGAAGAUGCCUUUUGGCAACAGAGGGAAACUAUGGAAGACUGUUUCCUCAAGUACAAGCAGCAUUUUACCUGACGGUUCAGAAACAGAGAAAGCAGCUGACUCGGACUUCAAAGCAGAAAACUCAGAGAAACAUCCAGAGAGCAAGUCUCGAUCUUCAGGAAGGCUGUCUACUGCCGUCUGUCGGCUUUGCCAUGGAAAGUUCUCCCUGCGCAGCCUGCGGCAUGCGUUUAACAAAUGGCCUCAGGACUCUCUGAAUAUUGCUGAUGAUUCAACCCAGUCUUCACUUCUGUUCCAUUUGGACUUCCAACGGUUGGUUGGGGUCCAACUAAGCCGCGAACCUCAGCUUUCAGAUUUUAUCUGCAAAAAGUGCUUUGCAAAGUUCUACAAGUGCCACAGCAUCCUKAUUAGAUUUCUGCAGAGAGUCAACCUCAGACCUGUUGGAAAGGAGAACAUGCAAAGUCGGAAGAAUGCAAAGUGUCCUGAGUCUUCAGUAAACUGUAGUUUAAAAGCAACAUCAAGUGUUACAUCAGACCUUAAGUGCCUCCAAACCCUGGUGACCUGGGCUCACCAUCACGGAGUGGCCUGCUGUUCUUGCCCUGACCUGAAGGAGGUGCUGGAGGACCAGUGCUGGGGCUCCACGAAGGUUGUGUGGGGCUGUGUGGACGGUCACAAAUACAUCAUGGACACUCAGAGCACCGCUGCUUCCUACUCAGACGGCACUGUGAACUCUAGCAGCGGAGCGUUGAGAAGCGGGAAUGGGGACAGAGUAAUGUCAGAGCAGGAAGAGGAACAGGAGAAUGAAGAAGAUGGAGAAGAAGAGCCCAGUGAAAGGACAUCAGUAGGAGGUUUAAGCACUCUGGUUCAGCAAAGUCUGUCUUCAGAUGGAGUAAAGAURCAGAAGGUGCAGGAUGAGUGGACCGGCAGCAGUGAAGGCCAUGAUGAGGCGAUGUCUCCAGCUGCAGCUGCAGCUCCUCUGCAGAACAGGACGGCUGACAGCGAUCUUUCUGACAGGGGCAUCUCUGAAGAUGAUUUUGAGGAGAACAGAGGAGGAGGAGGACUGUUGGAUGAAGAGGAGUUUGAGCCGUACUCAGACAAGAGAGCUCGCAGGCUAGAUGUCGUCAAUAAAAGAAGGCAAAACCCAAAGACCCCAGAGGAGCCCAGAGUUCGAAAAAAACCUGGACCCAAACCAGGCUGGAAGAACAAGUUCAAACCCAAAGGAGAGGAGCUUCCCAACAUCUACAAGUGUCCUUAUCAGGGCUGUACAGCGGUCUACAGAGCUCCUGAUGGCCUAAAGAAACACAUCAAGGARCAUCAUGAGGACAUGCGGGAACGACCCUGUCCCCAUCCCGGCUGCAACAAGGUUUUCAUGAUUGAUCGCUACCUGCAGCGACACGUCAAGCUCAUCCACACAGAGGAAAGGAACUAUAUUUGUGAUCAGUGUGGUCAAACGUUCAAACAGAGAAAACACCUAUCAGUUCACCAGAUGAGGCAUUCAGGAGCCAAACCACUCCAAUGUGAGGUGUGUGGAUUCCAGUGUCGCCAGAGAGCGUCGCUAAAGUACCACAUGACCAAACACAAGGCGGAGGCAGACCUGGAGUUUGAGUGCCUGAUGUGCAGGAAGCGUUUCGAGAAAGCCCACAACCUGAACGUCCACAUGUCCAUGGUCCACCCGCUGACUCAGGCCGAGGCUCAGAGGGGCGCCGACCUGCAGACCAUCGGUCUGACCGGAGAAGUGGUUCAACAAGACCAGGACAGGUGACAGCAGGGGGUCCAGGUCUGCUGAAUGGUGRAGGCAGGAAGUUGUCUGGACCUGGUGUUCAAUAGAAACCAUAAUCAAGACCGGUUCUUCCACAAGCUGUGAUCGGUCCAGAGUCCUGCUCUGAAACACAAAACUGUCGACAUACGAGGCAUACUGCUUGAGUUCAUUUGAGCCUUUUUAAAGAAAGAACCACUUAAUUCAUUUUGCUCUUAAAGUACAGGAGAUUUUAAACGUUUGUCAGUGACUGAAACUAAAACAAACAUUUGCAAACAGAUAAGUUCAAAGUUUGAAUCUUUUCUGUCUCUAAACUCAAAACAGAAGCAAAACCAGGACUUUUUUUUACACGUUUUAAACUGUUCAGKAGUUGAAACUGGUGGAAACCCUUGUGACAGAUUGUCACUGCUCUGUAUUGUGUUAAAUAUUCUUGUUGCCUCACACACAUUAAAACUCUCCUACAUGUAAAAGUUCUAUAAGAUGAGGCAGUUUUAUGUAAUCUCCAUUUUUUUUAAUUAAGUUAUUACUCCGUGUUGUAGCAACGGAAGGGCUUUYGAUGUACAGGUGUAAAAAGUGUGUAUUCUGUAAAAAUGUAUGUUCAAAUAAAAUGUACAAAUUUUUCUUUU